AGAAUUCCACUGCAGCCUUUCCUGAGCCAAUCACACCGCUAAUCCCUGAGAGUGCUACUAGUAGUAGCUCAUUCAUUUCCCUAGUCAUCACCCCGUUCUACCAAGUGCGACGUAGUAGUGGCUCGUUUGCCUUCAUAUUCAUUGCUGUUCAGGCUACGUUUAGGGUUCACCACCUGCUGCUACUGACAUUAGAUACUUCUAGCUCUGUCAACGCUAUUGAGCUCGUUAGCUAGGUCGGCUUUCUUCCGAAGUUUACAAGGCAGAUUCAUCAUAAGAAACAGUACCGGCGAUGGCCAACGAUACUACGCCUGUAUUUGGCAUGCGUACUCGCAGCAGGGCCCGGGCUCAGUCGUUCUCAAGUCCCGUCCCACCAGGAACGACUACGCCAAUGCCGAAGCUACUCCCCGAGCCGAAGCGACAGGCUGCGAGAACUCCUCGACCGCGACCUGCUCUGUCUGACGUCACCAACGACACGUCAGCAAAGCUCACUACCUCCAGCAAGCCUACUCCGCCUGCUCUGCCUGCUACGAAGCCAGCUCCCGCACCUGGUGAUCCACACACUCCCGCACCCGCAGCUUCUAAGGGCUCGCGAUUGGGAGAAUCCGGCAGGAGGAUCGAAUCCGGCGAUGGUGCGCAUGAUGACGGCGCUGACGCUCUCAGGAGCGAAGUUUCGAAGCUGCUACUCUCGACGCCGUGUCAGGAGGAGACCCCCGAGAUUGUCGCGAAGAGCAGAUCGAAGCUGACGCGGCAAAGCAGCACACCGAAUGGCGUCAGCCCUGGGAGCCAGUCGACACUGACGAGGCAACCCACCAUCGCGCGCAGCUUCAGCAUCCACAGCCCGGUUUCUGCGAUCUAUGGCGACGUCCUUGGCGACGAUGACGCCGGUCGCGAAGGCGUCGCACACCUCGACCUGUGCGACGCGCGCACCCCGGAGGCCGAAGCUCCUCUCCGCCGUCGCAGAGCUGCCGUUCUGGCGUCGCUGACCCCUAAGUCCGCCGUAAAGACUCCUACACCUGCGCUGACGUCAUCGCCGUGCCUCUACGCCGCGCCCACGCCUUUCAACUCGCCUGAAGAAGCUCCCGCUCUCAUCCGUUGCGCCACCUCCCCCAUUCCCCGCGCAAAGUCCCCCAUUCCCCGCUCCACGGCGUCGAUAGACGGUGUGGCGGAGCGCGCGCAAGGCGGAACGGGGAGGCGGAACCGCGCCAAGUGGCAGGUGGGCGGAAAGAUCGGCGCCAUGCUGGGAAAGGACCCCGCGGGACUGCUAGCCGCCAUUGCUGCCAUUCGCGAGCAUCGCGGCUCGCAGCAAAGCGAUUCCGAUGCCUCUGCUGAUGCUACCGCAACGACAAUUUGCCGCCUGCGAUCCUCAUUCGCCUCCCCACUGUCCUCCCCCGCGCUUCCCGCGGGCGUCACCAACUCAAGCCGUCGCGUCCCCAUCUCCGCCUCCGUCGGAGCGCGAGGGCCGCGCAUUCAGCGCCCCCGUUCCCCCUCCCCCUUGCGUCGGGCGCGCAGCCCUCGGGCGCUAACCUCCCCCGCCCCUGAGCGCUCCCUGCUGGUGUCUCGCUACCAGGAGGAGAUCCCAGCCGUUGAUCUCGGCGCUCCCUGCUACCCUGCUGGCAAUGGCGGAGGAUCUGGGAAGAGCAGCAACAGUGGCACUGCUGCUGUUACCGCCUCCUCUGCUGGGAGUGCUGGGAAUAGCAGGGCCGGCAGCACCGGCACUCCGCUGCGCACCCCUGCAAGUCAACGCCGGUCAUGCAAGUCUGGUGUGGACUCCUCCCCGCCUUGGUCCACGCAAGUCAACGUGGGAACGCCCGGGAGCACGCGGAGGGGUGGUUGGGCGUUGAGGAUGGGCAGGGCGGAGGAGGGAGAAGAGGAUGAAAUGGAGGCUGUGAAGGGAAUGGGCCAAAGGGAACGGCCUCUGAACAAGGGCCUGCUGGAUGCUCUUGAGAGGAUGGGAUUGGAAGAAGAGAGGGGAGAGGAGCAGGACUGAGGAGUGCUAUUGUCAAGAUGAAGGGGAGGGGAGGGGGAGGGAGCAGAUAAAGUGGAAUGGAGUGGGAGGAGUGUGACGCAAGCAGCAAUGGCAUAGAUAUGUGGGAAAUGCAUCCAAGAAGUGAAUAAUAUUGUUUACAAAUAGGCAGGUUAUGGAUGGCGGGUUAGUGAUAACACUGCAAUCGUAAGUUCCCUCCUUGGGGACUGGGCCAACUAGCAUGCUGGAGAUUGCUUAGGCCAUGGGAUUGUUGCAAUUUGCUCUUGCUUUGAUUUCUUUAUUCACGUUGUAGCUUUACGUUCAACCGAUUUGUC